AGUUUAUUUCCCCCACGAAGCUAUGCGUUUACUGCCCGAAGUUGUACUUGUUUCAUUCUGCUAGUAGUUGUAGACCUUUAUGUUCCUUUUUAUUGCUUUUCCUCGCACACCAAGCUGCUAGGGCUCCACUUUUUCAUUUAUAGUGCCACUGAUCGUGUAAAAAGUAAGAAUCCUCAAGGUGUAGUAAGUGUGGCGCAAGAUUCGUUCUUCACGGAACAAUAAACUAGAAAUAAGCAGGGACUUCUACGUGACGCACGAAUUGUAGCUGGCCUUUCUCCUUUCACGUUGUGAUCAAUCCGCAGACCGCUGCCACAGGAACCGAGACGGAAACUUGCAGUGCGGAGUGGGUCGUAUGAAGGGCGAUGAUGACCACGCGGACGUGGUUUCCGUCUUGGAGCGCGCCUACGCGGGGGCGGGCGGAGGCGUGCGCAACGAAAUCUCGGGGUUUGUGUUCGACCGACCCGGGGACGGCUGCCCCUUUGUGGACAGCGGAAAUCUGCAGUACGGUGAGGUAACGUUUGAGGGGAUGCGGAAGGUCUACAAAUACCUGAACCUGCGCCCUGGCGACACCUUCUACGACCUCGGGUCCGGGGUCGGCAAGCUGCCGCUGUACGUUUUCUUGCGCACCGCUGCGGAAAAUUUGUCCCAGUGUUCCUCGUUCGGCUUGGAGGUGGGCGAGCGGCGCCACGACCUGGCGUGCAUGGCCCGAGAACGGCUGCGCAAAAUGCUGUCGACUUUCAAUCCCUCCUCGGCCGCGAGUGGUACAACUUCUAGUAGCCCUGCGUGGAUGGAGAGCUGUUCGAGUCUUCUCGACAAGUGCCCGGAUCUCACCUCCGAGCGGGUGAAGUCCGGUUGCAAAUUCUACCUCCAGGACAUCAGCACGCAGCGCUACGACGACGCAAACGUAGUGGUCCUGAGCAACCUUCUGAUGGAUGGCGGCAUUCAAAAGAAGACGCUGGAGCAGCUUCUGCGGUGUCGCUCGUUCCGCCGCCUGCUCACGGUCCGAGUCGUGCACCACCCGCGACUAAAGCUGAAGACGUGUGUGCAUGUCGAGUGCACGUGGGCGAAGAUCUGUUCCUGGCACGUCUACGACGUGCUGCCGCCGAGCGGCAUCAGUUUCGCGCUCCCGUCCUCGCUUCCCGCCGCCCUGCUGAAGCACAGCCGUGCAGGAAGCGGCAGUAACGCCAUGCUGGGUGCUGGAACUAGCGGUGCUUCCAAAAUAAAUGCAGUAGUUGUAGAGGAUGUGGCCGAAAAUGGAAAUGCUGAUGCGCCUUUGGAGCUUCUUCUAUCUGAGACCUCCGGAGCGGCCGCGGGCGGAGUUACAGCCGUCCCGCUGGUAUUCCCCACCGUGCUGGCGGGGAGAACGACAGGCUCUUUUCGGAGUCGGUCCAAACCUGAACUGCCGUCCCGACAAACGGUGAGUACCCGACUUGCAGCGGUCGCAAAAACCCUGCCGCAGACAUUACAGCACAAAGCCGCGGCGACUGCCAGCAAACCUGCCGCGCGUGCUUUCGCUGCACUGCGAGCAGCUUCCCUGUUGGCAUCGUCGGCCCAGCCUGUGGAUCCGGACGCUCCACCGCGAUACAUGCGUGCCCGCACCGGCGCAAGUCGUACAGAGCGACCCUGUGAUGUGCGACUCGUGACAAAGUAACCGCCCCUUCAAAGGAGUAGAGACGGCACCUGCACAUUAUUCGCCGUCGGUCAACAUGGGGUAGAAUGAAUUGAGACAGGAGGUCUUCUUCAAUCUCUUCAAGCAGGAUGUUUUCUUUUCCAAUUCAGUGCAGUUAGCAUCAUUCAAGAAGAAGCUGUAUGUAGGCUUCUAUGCAUAAUUGCUGAGAAGAUCCGCUCAGCGUCAAGCUUAUGUCCUCGUAAAAAUCAAAAGCUGUCUUGUUUUUAUCCAAAAGUAAGGCGAUCACACAUUCGUGUCUUGGACAGAGUAAGUUGUAAGUUGUAGUUACAUACAUAUCUAGUAUGCAUCCAAGUUAUUACUUAGUAGCAGUGUCCCUGUGUCUGUUGUGUAAAAAGAGAACACUAAGUAGUAUGAAAUGGUAGCGCGUCCCAAAUUUUGUUUGGGUCGUGUUACGAGACAUAUUGGUGUAGAAGUACCCCACAUUUUUUAUGUUGCAUUAUUUUCGGAUUCUUCCCGAUCCUGAUGCUUUCCCCCAACCCCGCGGUUAACGCUCUUCAAACACUGAUACGGACGAUUCUCUGGUCUCAUACCAGAGUUACCGUAGUAAAAAACCAAUCAGAGCACGAGCAGUAGCUGCCUGAG